AUGCACAUUUGUCUUCUUUUUAAUAUUGUAGGUUUCCAUUUAAUUAAGCAGCUGAGAGGCAUGAGUGUGGUGUUAGUGCUACUUCCUACGGUGCUGUUUGUUAUGCUCACUGGGGCUCAGCGCGCUUGCCCCAAGAACUGCAGAUGUGAUGGCAAAAUUGUGUACUGUGAAUCUCAUGCAUUCAGAGAUAUCCCUCAGAAUAUUUCUGGAGGAUCUCAAGGCUUAUCAUUACGGUACAACAGCAUCCAGAAGCUUAAAUCAAAUCAGUUUGCGGGCCUGAAUCAGCUCAUCUGGCUUUAUCUUGACCAUAAUUAUAUCAGCUCGGUUGAUGAGGAUGCAUUUCAGGGGAUCCGAAGGCUGAAGGAAUUAAUUCUAAGCUCCAACAAAAUUACUCAUCUGCACAACAAAACGUUUCACCCGGUCCCCAAUCUCCGCAAUCUGGACCUUUCUUACAACAAGCUGCAGGUGUUACAGUCAGAGCAGUUUAAGGGCCUUCGCAAACUCUUGAUCUUGCACUUGCGGUCAAAUUCACUGAAAACGGUACCAAUCAGAGUUUUUCAAGAUUGCCGGAACCUUGAUUUUCUGGAUUUGGGCUACAACCGUCUGCGGAGUUUAUCCCGUAAUGCUUUUGCUGGCCUCCUGAAGUUAACAGAGCUCCAUCUAGAGCACAACCAGUUUUCUAAGAUCAACUUUGCCCACUUUCCACGCCUCUUCAACCUUCGAUCCAUUUAUUUGCAGUGGAAUAGGAUCCGGUCUAUUAGCCAAGGGUUAACAUGGACUUGGAGUUCCUUGCACAACUUGGAUUUAUCAGGGAACGACAUUACGGGAAUAGAGCCCGGGACGUUCCAAUGCCUGCCCAACCUGCAAAAACUGAACCUGGAUUCCAACAAACUCACCAACAUCUCUCAGGAGACCAUCAAUACAUGGAUCUCACUAACAUCCAUCACUCUGUCCGGAAAUAUGUGGGAAUGUACUCGAAACAUUUGCCCUCUGUUUACUUGGCUUAAGAAUUUCAAGGGGAAUAAAGAAAGCACUAUGAUAUGCGCAGGCCCUAAGCACAUCCAGGGUGAGAAGGUGAGCGAUGCUGUGGAAACAUAUAAUAUCUGUGCUGAAAUCCAGGUGGUGGUCACUGAAAGAUCAUACCAGGCACCUAAAACACCCCAGAGGCCACUUUUUAUUCCCAAACCUACCAUUUCUAAACUGGAAAGUAAUCAGCCAACCUCUGUUAUGCCAAGUCCUUCUCCGGACCUGCCGACGCCUGGAGUGGAACCAGAGUAUGAGCAUGUUUCCUUUCACAAAAUCAUUGCUGGGAGCGUGGCCCUCUUUCUUUCAGUGGCUAUGAUUUUGUUGGUCAUCUACGUGUCGUGGAAGCGCUACCCAGCCAGCAUGAAACAACUCCAGCAACACUCUCUUAUGAAGAGGCGCAGAAAAAAGGCCAGAGAGUCUGAGAGGCAAAUGAACUCCCCUUUACAGGAGUAUUAUGUGGACUACAAGCCAACAAACUCUGAGACCAUGGAUGUAUCCGUUAAUGGAUCUGGACCCUGCACAUAUACUAUCUCUGGCUCCAGGGAAUGUGAGGUAUGA